AUGGAUUCCAACUCUUUAAAGCGGGAGUUGGUGUGUGUUUUAUUCCCUGGUAUUGUUAAAAACGAUGAGAAAGCAAUACAGUGUUUGGGUGGUCUAAAAGGAAUCUCACAGGUGUAUUCUCAGCCUACAAAGAAGCGUUUAGGCUUGAGCUAUCAACCUGACAAUCCAUAUGUAAAGAAAACGUUUGCCGAUUGCAAAAGGGGUUCUGGAGUGCUACUUAAAGUCAAAAUAAAGAAAACAAAGGUUGAUGGAAAAGAAACAAGGCAAGUUAUAUCAUCAUCUGUGGUUGGCUCAGUCAGGACAGUUUAUAAAUUUGAAGCAAUGUGUGAUUUUCAAUAUCUACCAGUGAGUAGUGAAGGAACCAGUCAAACAAAGUGUUUAUUGGAAAAGAUAUUGCCCUCUGGCGUUGAUUCCUUCAACUUUAUGCUAGAGCCAGCACCAUUAUUUAUAGUUCCAUCUAACUUCACAAGAUUUGAUAAACCAAUUAGUUAUAACUACACUGACAAAAGAUUCCCUGGCAGAGAAAAGGAUAUUACCCAUGACGACAUUCAUCACAGAAUUCGAACAGAGCGAGGCACGCCGCUAACACGGUAUACAUUCAAUUUGGUAGACGAAUUAGCCACCAAACCCCACGUUUAUUACAUAAAACAAAUGGAGAGUAAGAAAUCUAUGUACCCUCCACUGGAACAGGAAUAUGACAUUGUUAAAAAGAUGUUUGAAGAAAGGCCGAUCUGGUCACUUAACCUCGUGAAGUAUCAUACUAAAAUAAGGCUUUCUUCAUUGAAAAUUAUAAUGCCUUGCCUUGCGAUUUACAUGAAGGACGGGCCAUGGAGGAUGUUGUGGGUCAGAUUUGGCUACGAUCCACGGAAGGAUCCUGGAGCAAGAAUUUAUCAAACUCUGGAUUUCAGGUUGAGACAUACAGCCGGGGUCCACUCGAUGGUGAUGACACGCGACAAGGUGGUGCACUACAAGAAGGCAGUACGUGUGCGCCAGCUGAAGCACGAACUCGACGAGCCGCAGCCGGCCGAUGACGUCAGCGAAGGCGCCGUCUGCUUCCGGCCCGGCAUGGCGCCCUCGCAGCGACAGAUAUUCUACCAGUACUGUGACGUGCAUUUGCCCGAAGUGGAAGAGAUCCUGGCUCUGGACCCGCCGCAAGGCUACCUCUGCCACGAGAAGCGAGGCUGGUUGCCUCCAAACACAGACCAGAUAUGUCGUGAUCACAUCUUUCGAUACGUCAAGCAAACCUUACUCGCCACUCAUAACGCAGACCUCAAAAUCGAGCAAGGAAGUUUGGGUAGCAGCGACGAGAAUUCGAAUUCUGAUGACGAUGGUAUGAGCAACCGCGCGAUCGAUUUGGACGAUACCUCUUCUUUAAACCAAUAA